AUGUUGACAUUGGAUCAUGCUGUGAUCUUGACUUACCCUAAUGACCCUGCGUCGCUGUCUUUUUUCAUAGGAAUUUCAGCGUGUAGAGGGAAUUGUCUUUCGGGUACUGGAGCCUGUUACGCUUCUACCUCCUUGUCGGAUGGAUCGGGGCAAUGUGUGAUGAAAUCAGAAGAUUUUGUUAGUGGUUAUUAUAGUCCUUCACUGCCUAGCACUUCUUAUAUCAAGGUUUGUCCACCGUUGGCACCGAAUCCACCGCCCUCUUUGGGGGAGACUGUGAGGGAAAAGAGGUCCAGGGUGCCUGCUUGGGUUGUGGUGGUUGUUGUUUUGGGUACAAUUUUGGGUUUGAUUGCCUUGGAAGGUGGUUUGUGGGUGUGGUGUUGUAGGAACAGUGCGAGGUUUGGAGGGUUGUCUACUCAUUAUGCGCUUCUUGAGUAUGCUUCUGGUGCGCCAGUGCAGUUUUCGUACAAGGAGCUGCAACAAGCUACAAAGGGGUUCAAGGAGAAGCUUGGAGCUGGGGGAUUUGGUUCUGUGUAUAGAGGAACUCUUGUUAACAAAACUGUUGUUGCUGUGAAGCAACUUGAGGGCAUUGAGCAAGGUGAGAAGCAGUUUAGGAUGGAAGUUGCCACUAUUAGUAGCACUCAUCAUCUCAAUUUGGUGAGGCUUAUUGGAUUUUGCUCAGAAGGGCGCCACCGGCUUUUGGUUUAUGAGUUUAUGAAAAACGGGUCUCUUGAUGAUCUUAUACUCCUAACAGAACAUCAUUCUGAAAAAUUGUUGAGUUGGGAGCAUCGAUACAACAUUGCCCUGGGAACUGCAAGAGGCAUCACAUACCUACAUGAGGAGUGUCGUGAUUGCAUAGUCCAUUGUGACAUAAAACCAGAAAACAUUCUCUUGGAUGAGAACUAUGUUUCCAAAGUCUCAGAUUUUGGUCUUGCAAAGCUCAUUAGUCCCAAAGAAGUCCUAAGUUAG